AUGGAGCCGGGGCCCGGCGGCCGAAGCGCUGCUCGCGAGCACGGGGCCGGACCCGCGAGCACUCCGCCGCCUAGGGAGCAGGAGCGGAAGCUGGAGCAGGAGAAGCUCUCCGGGGUGGUAAAGAGCGUCCACCGGCGGCUCCGCAAGAAGUACCGGGAAGUGGGAGAUUUUGAUAAGAUCUGGAGAGAACAUUGUGAGGAUGAGGAAACUCUUUGUGAAUAUGCUGUUGCAAUGAAAAAUUUGGCAGAUAAUCAUUGGGCAAAAACUUGUGAGGGCGAAGGUCGUAUUGAAUGGUGUUGUAGUGUGUGCAGAGAAUAUUUCCAAAAUGGUGGGAAGAGAAAAGCACUUGAAAAAGAUGAGAAAAGAGCUAUACUCGGCACUAAGACCACCCCAGCCUUAAAUACACAUGAAUCUUCUAAACUUGAAGGUCAUUUAACCAACCUCAGCUUUACAAACCCUGAAUUUAUAACUGAGUUGCUACAAACCUCAGGAAAGAUCAGAUUACUUGACGUUGGCAGCUGCUUUAACCCAUUUCUGAAGUUUGAAGAAUUUCUAACUGUUGGCAUAGACAUUGUACCUGCUGUAGAGAGUGUAUAUAAAUGUGACUUCUUGAACUUGCAGCUUCAGCAACCACUCCAGCUUGCACAAGAUGCUAUAGAUGCCUUUUUGAAGCAGCUGAAAAACCCUAUUGAUUCUCUUCCUGGAGAACUUUUCCAUGUGGUUGUUUUCUCUCUUCUUCUUUCUUAUUUUCCAUCACCUUACCAGCGAUGGAUUUGCUGCAAGAAAGCCCAUGAACUGUUAGUGUUAAAUGGUUUAUUGCUUAUCAUCACACCUGAUUCCUCCCAUCAGAACCGUCAUGCUAUGAUGAUGAAAAGCUGGAAGAUUGCUAUAGAGUCCCUGGGCUUUAAACGUUUCAAGUAUUCAAAAUUUUCACAUAUGCAUCUGAUGGCAUUUAGAAAAACCUCCCUAAAAACCACAAGUGACUUGGUUAGUAGGAACUACCCAGGGAUGUUAUAUAUUCCUCAAGAUUUCAACAGUAUAGAAGAUGAGGAAUAUUCUAACCCUUCCUGCUACGUUCGAUCAGAUAUAGAAGAUGAACAACUAGCAUAUGGUUUCACAGAGCUCCCUGAUGCUCCAUAUGACUCAGAUUCUGGAGAAAGUCAAGCCAGCUCUAUUCCUUUCUAUGAGCUAGAAGACCCCAUAUUACUUUUAAGUUAA